AUGUUUUUAGGAUAAUUCAAUUAAACAUUAAAUGAUUCAUCUAAACAAAGUAUGGCAUAAUCAUAAAGACUGCAACCAUUAGAAACAAGUCGUAAUUCAAAUACUCCACCACUUGAUUUCAAUAGAUUAUCUCCAGAAUAACAAUUUUUGAUAAAAACUUGGUCUCAAAAAUAACAAGAAGAGCUGUUAGGAUUGUCAGUCAAUACUUUACCCAUACAUCAAUCACAAUCUUUCUUUACUACUGUUUAGUAACCUUAAUAAAAUCAAUUUCUGCUCUAAUAAUAAUAACUCAUUGACAAUUACAAUUAAUAAUUUUAAACAAUUGUACCUGAAUAACAACAAUAAUAGGAUUAAUAAUUAGAUUAGUAAGCAUAAUUACUUUAAUAAUAAUAAUUAGAAUAAUAACAAUUAUUGUUCCAAUAAUAAUAAUAGUAUUUACAAUAACAAUAGCAAUUAAAAACAUAAUAUGACUCAAAUUAUUUGAAAAUGAAAUAUGAUGAAUCAUGCAAUUAAAUAUUGAAAACUAUGCCUUCUCAUUAAUCUUUAAAUGAACCACAAAUGCCUUUACUUUAUAAAUAUUUUGAUGUUGAUUCUGAAUUGUAAAAUGAUCAUCUUAAUCUUUAACAUUAUCUUUUAACUCAUAAAUUGAAUCCAUCAUAUAAAUUAAGUUUACGUGUAUUUAUUUUUGAUAAAUAUACAAUAUAUGAAUAAUAGGAAAAAUAAUUGUAAUUGUAAAAACAAUAAUUAACUCAUGCUAAUUUAAUAAAUAUUCAUUUAAUUCAUACUAAAAAAUAUGUUUGUAUGUGUUUUGCAACAUUUAGAGUAUGUGUAUUAUUAGAUUAUAUUCAUUCCGAUUGUGAAAGCACAAUAAAACAUAAACAUUAUUAAGAACAUGAAAUUUGGUUGAUUUUAUAAAAUAUGGUUGAAGCAUUAUAUUCAUUACAUUUAAAAGGCAUAGUUCAUGGCAAUGUAACUUUAGAUCAUAUUGUAUUAACUCAUUUGAUAGAUAAUUCAUAGUUAUAUAAACUUAUAUAUAGAAAUUAAGAAACUAAUGUACUUUAAAAGAAAUUUUAAAAUUAACAAAAUAAAAUAUUAUUAAGUAAUGAAUUAUACAAUUCAUUUUUAAUGAAUGAUUAAUCUGCAAUGCCAUCAUGGAAAUCUGAUGUUUUCUAAUUAGGAUUAUGUAUUUUAUAGUUAUGCUUAGGACCUCAUAAAUAUGAAAAUGUUUAUGAGAUAUAUUAAAAUGUGUUUGAUGAAUAUAGAUUAAAUUAAUUAAUCAAAGAAGUUGAUACUAAUUAUUCUUAUAAAUUAGUUUAAUAUUUACAAUUCAUGUUAACUUCUAAUUAAGAAAUUAGACCAGAUUGGAUAAGGUUGGAAGCUAAAAUUAGUGAAUUACAACCUAUAUAGCCUAUUAAUAUAAUUUACAAUUUUGAAGUUUAAUAAAGAAUAGAGACUAAAAUUACAAAAUCAAGAGCAAAUUCAAAGAAUGUGAGUUAUUCUCAUGUAAACUCAUUUAGAAUAUCUCCUAUUGGAGAACCAUAGUCUAAACCAUAAAUGGAAGACAUUAAAGAAAUUACUACAAAGAAUAAUUUAAUAGUAGAAAAUAGGAACAAAAGAAAAAUGAAUUGUAAUGAUGGUGGUACUUAUUAUGGUGAAGUUUUGAAUGGAUUAAGAGAUGGUUUAGGAUAAUAUGUAUCAAAUGAAUUCUCUUAUGAUGGUUGUUGGAAAAAUGAUAAAUAUAAUGGAAAAGGCACAUUGUAUUAAAAUGGUAAACUCAUAUAUGAAGGUUCUUUCAAAUAUGGAGAAUAUGAUGGUUAUGGUAAGGCAACUAAUCCAAAUCCAAAGUAUUUCAAUAGUUUAUUUGAUUACAAAGAUUUUACAAAAUUAGGUUAAUAGUGGAUUCAUUAUAUGGGUGAUUUUAAAGAAGGGGAAUUUAAUGGAUUUGGUUAAUUAGAAUUAAGUAAUGGAGAAAAGGUUACUUGUGUAUUUAUGAAUGGAUUGCCUAAUGGAGUUGGAGUUUUUGAGACUUUAGAUAAAAGAAGAUUAAAUGCUCAAUGGGAUAUGGGAUUACUGAUUAGAAGAAUCUGA